UAGACCCUGUUAUUAUUGAUCUUUGAAAAUGGGAGGAAUCGACCCAUUAUACAUCCUACCAGAAGAAUACAGGCCUAAACUUAUAAUCACUGAUGGAGAAGAUAUCCCACUGAUCGAUCUCCUUCCCAUAACCAACCGAGAUUCUUCAGACCCCAAGGCAUUGCAAGAACUUGCUGACAAGGUAGGCGAUGCCUGCAAGACUUGGGGAUUUUUCACAGUGAUCAAUCAUGGCGUGCCAUCGGGAAUCAGGAAGAAAAUCAUGGAGGUUUCCAGGAAGUUCUAUGCAUUACCACUUGAAGAGAAACUAAAAGUCAGAAGAGGGGAUCACAACACAGCUGGAUAUCAUAAUGAUGAGCAUAGCAAAGAUAUCAAGGACUGGAAAGAGACUUUUGAUUUCUAUGUCAAUGAUGGAAUGCUAAUGCCUGCUUCCCAUGAACCUGAUGAUCCUGAGGUUGUCCCUUGGUUCACUCCAUGGCCUCACAACUUCCCUGAGUUCAGGGAAACAUGCCAAGAAUAUGGUCGAGAAUGCGAGAAACUAUUUUUCAAUUUGAUGGAAUUGGUGAGCAUGAGCUUAGGUUUGCCCCCAAAGCGCUUGCAGGGAUACUUUGAGAACCAAGCAAGCUUUGCGCGGCUCAAUCACUACCCCCCAUGUCCAAACCCUGAACUUGUACUUGGUACUGGGGGACACAGAGAUCCCAGCGCUCUAACCGUCCUAGCACAGGAAGAUAUUGAAGGGCUUGAUGUCCAAAGAAAAUCCGAUAAAGCAUGGGUACGGGUUAAACCCAUACCGGAUUCCUUCGUCAUCAACGUAGGUGAUAUUCUGCAGGUAUGGAGCAAUGACCUCUAUGAAAGUGUGGAGCAUCGGGCUGUGGUGAAUUCAGAGAAAGAUAGAUACUCUAUCCCUAUAUUUUUCCAUCCUUCCCAUGACGUCGUUAUGAAGCCAGUGGAUGAGUUGGUAAAUGAACAAAACCCAGCAAAGUAUCCUGAAUACAAGGCUGGAAAGUGGUUGAACUUGAGGAUGUAUAAUAAUUAUAAGAAACAUGGUUUCUACAUGAAGAUGACCGAUUUCAAGAUUGAGGCUUAGCCCACGGUCCUCUGCUAAAGAUUCAUCUUCCAGAUGGGGUCUUUCUCUAUCUUUACUAUCUAUCUACCUGUCUAUCUGUCUAUCUAUAUGUAUGAAUGCAUGUUUAUGUAUUUGCCUACUUCUCUGUCUGUGGUUAAGAACGCUGAUGAAGCUGGUCUGUAAAAUAAAAAGGUAUAAUUGCCUUUCUAUGCAUCAAUCAAAAGUUUGUGGAUUC